UGUCUCUAAUUCAGCUCAGACACUCCAUCGUGUGGAGUCAGUGGGCUAUGGACACCGCUCUUGUCGCCCUUCAUCCAUAGCAAGGUCCACGAGUCUUCCAUACUGCCCCAAUAAUGCUGGGUGACUGGAUAACACGAGAACACUACCUGGGCCACUUGAUACUGUUGGCCUGAUCUAGUUAAUGUGUGGAACUCGCGUAUUUGAUUAGGCUUCCUCUUGGUGUGAGAACACACGAUGUCCGACUUUCUCGGAGGAUUCCAGCAGGUCAUUGUACCCUCGGAAUGGCAGCUCGGGGGAGAGAUCCCUCUAUUUUCAGAUGAUAGUAUAAUACAAAGGCGUCUUUGGCAAUAUCGAACACAGAAAGCCUCGGCUUUCGUGGCCGCGGGAAACAUACAUCUCGCGACCGUCCUGUUAUCAUGCGUAGUACUGCUUCUUUCAUUCGGCCUGCGUUAUGUGACUCGUUCCAGCAGAACGAAAUCUCGUAUCCCCGAAGAAUCACCAGAUGGCGACUUGGCCAUUAGGAUUAUUUUGCCCUUUACCUUCUUGCAUUUGUCGGCUGCGAUAGGUGCUUGUUGUCUCAGUUGGAUCGAUGCACAAUAUGCAGACAACUGGAAACAGUCGCUCCUGGUGAGCUAUAUGGUAUUGAUGGGCGUACUACAAUUCUUCUUCAAGAAUGACCGUACUCGGACACACAUGUAUCGCCAUAUGAACUCAGUGGCCCUUGUGGGUUUGAUUUUGGCAUGCACCCAAGAUCUGGUUCCAAUGAUUAUUAUCGGGGCUACACAUAGCCUACGUGCCGUUAGGGGAAGCUUGAUAGCCUGUCUAGCUGCUGUCUUAAUAAUCGCAUCUGCAACGCCCCGACCGCGGUACUCGCCCAUCGCUGAUACAGAAAACGAGGAAACGCAACUGACCGAAGAGGUGUCCCCUGAAGAAACAUGUUCUCUAUUCUCGUACUACUGCUCAUACGAGUGGGUGACACAUGUUAUUUUGCGAGGCUGUCGGAGGGACUUGAUAAUGGAUGAUCUCCCCCCUUUGCCCUCAUACGACGAACCUUCAAAGUGGCUAAGAAAGAUCAAGAAACAGCGCCUCAAGGGUGGGAAAACAUUUCGAACGUUAUGUAGGUUACUCAACACCGAGAUCAAGGGCAUGAUGAGUUGGUCUUUAAUCACGACAUUCUUGGACUAUGUGGCUCCGUAUUCCAUGCUACGACUGCUGGCGUACCUGGAGAACCCAGAGGACGCCAUCCUCCAUCCCGCCCUGUGGCUGUCUCUUCUCUUUAUCGGCCCCAUGUCGCGUUCUCUGUGUUAUCAGCAGUACAUUUUCAUUGCUACCCGACUUCUAGUUCGAGUCAAUAUGUCUCUGGUCCAGGAAAUAUAUCAGACCGCAAUGCGGUCGUACCUUUACGACGAUUCUAUACUCACGUCCAGUGCAGAAGAUCGUCCGAAGUCUUCUCGGAAAAUGAGGGUCUUGGCAAAGGGGGCACCAAAGUCUAGCCAAGCUAACAUAACAAGCCUCAUGUCGUACGAUGUUGAUGCUAUCUAUAGUGCUCGGGAUAUUUUUUAUGUGGUUGUUGCAACCCCGGUCACUACUACGAUUGCUGUCAUAUUCCUCUAUCGGAUGAUCGGUUGGCCAUCCUUGCUGGGUGUCUCUGCGCUUCUAUGCCUGACUCCUCUCCCUGCUUUAGCAUCUCGCAGGGUUUCACAGAUCCAGCGAUCUGUGAUGCAAGCUACCGAUGUUCGCCUCUCUAAAAUAUCCGAGUACUUGUACUCCAUACGUACUCUGAAAUAUUUUGGUUGGGAAUAUGCUGCAAUGGAUACCAUCAACGAGGCUCGAAGUGUCGAGCAACGUCGCCUCUGGAAACGGAGCGUUUAUGCUGCUGCAAUUUCAAUGGCCGGUGACCUGUUACCAAUGGUGAGCUUGUUGGUCAUGUUUUCCGUUUUCGUGCUAUUCACCAAUGAUACUUUGCGAGCCGCUACGGCGUUCACAUCCCUAUCUAUCAUGGAAACCCUGCGGUCCCAAUUCGUCUGGUUGUCCAAUAUCAGCAGGUCCUCUGCGCAAGGAGCAGAAUCACUCCGGCGAAUCGACCGCUUCUUCGAAACCGCAACGGAAAUUAAGAGGCAUCCGGAAGGGCCAUUGGAGAUCAAGAAUGCAACCUUCCGUCGGUCCCCUAUUGCUGUUUUUAGGUUGCGCGAUGUAUCGGUCUGCUUCAGACCACGCGCCCUUAACGUCGUCACAGGCCCUACUGGAAGCGGGAAGACCUCUUUGCUACUGUCUUUAUUAGGGGAAACAGUACUCGAAUCCGGAAUUGCCUAUUGUCCACGGGAUGUAGCUUAUGUUCCACAAGCUCCUUGGCUACAGAACGACACAAUUCGAGAGAAUAUUACCUUUUUUAGCCCAUUUGACAAGGCCCGCUACAACGCAGUCAUCGAGGCUAGCGGCCUCAUACAAGACCUUCAACAGCUCCCAGCCGGGGAUCUUACUUUGGUGGGCGAAAAGGGAACUUCACUUUCUGGUGGUCAGAAACAGAGGGUGUCCUUGGCGAGGGCACUAUAUUCGCGAUCGUCCACCCUCCUGUUGGAUGAUAUCUUCUCUGCGCUUGAUACUCACACAACCACGCUUGUUUAUGAAAAGUGUUUCCGCACUGGCUUGCUCGCAGAUAGGACGGUUGUUCUGAUCACGCAUUAUCCGGCCGCUCUGCAGGAUGCCGAAUUGCUUGUUCGCCUCGACAACGGAAAGGCGUCCGUUGUGGAAACACCUUCAGGCUUCCCACAAGCCCUUCUACAACGUACACGUUGCAGUACACCUGCAACUGACACCGAUUCGGCAUCUUUAUGGAAUCGGCUGACAGUCGAAGAACCUUAUGAUGUUCCCUCAGAGCCCGCAACCACCAUUGCUCCUGCUCACGAGCAACAGAAUCCGCAGGUAGGACGCAUUGCAAAGGAAACCUCGGCGACUGGGCGUGUACCACGUACAUUAGCUAUACGGUACAUGCUUUUGUUUGGCGGACCCUGCUACGCACCUCUAGUUAUGGCAGUAACUAUCGCAGUGCAGAUUUCUUAUUUUGCGAUCACAUAUUGGCUCUCCGUCUGGAUGUCGGCAUACGAAAAGUACGAUAACCCGAAUUCGUUGUACUAUCUAGGGGUAUACGCUGCAGCGAUCAUCAUAUUCCUUUUGCUGCAGCUUUGCGGUAACCUCCUAUACCAGUUUGGAAGCUGGACAGCCGCAAAAAAGAUGCAUCGACGACUAGUGAAGGCGGUACUGUCUGCUCCUAUCUCCUGGUUUGACCAGAAUCCAACCGGACGCUUGAUUAAUCGAUUUGGGAACGAUACCCGGUCGCUGGAUACAGUUCUGAUCGACUGGCUACGGAUGUCUAUUGAGAAUGGAUUGCGCUUCCUGCUUCGCAUUGCUAGUGUUGCUUCUAUCAUGCCUAUAUUUGCUCUCCCCGCAGCAGUCAUCUGCACUAUUGGGUUCAUCAUUGGAGAGAUGUACACCCGCACUCAGGUCUCCAUCAAGCGAUUGACAUCUAUCAACUACUCUCCAGUGUUUUCGCAUUUCACUGAUUCCCUGUCCGGCCUUUGCGUAAUUCGCGCCCGCAAAGACAUAGAUCUGGUGUUUCAGAGACUCCUAGCAGAAAAGCUAGCUGUUCAUGCCCGGUCCGCGGAGACACAGUACAAUUGCAACCGUUGGGUAUCCGUCCGAUCAGACUUGUGCGCUGCAUCUGUCGCAACUGCAGCGGGCUGCGUGGCAUACUUCUGGUCUGGACCAGCAGGACUUGUCGGUUUUUCAUUGACCAAUGCUAUCGGACUUAGCACAAACAUCCUAAACUUAGUACGGACGAUGAACGAAUUGGAGGUGGAGCUGAACUGCUUCCAGCGAGUACGAGAAUACACAGACAUCGAACCAGAAGAACACAUGAGUGAAGAAGAACAGAAAGAGGCCGCCGCCGUUCCAGCCAGCUGGCCAACGUCCGGGCGUGUCGAGUUCCACAACGUGAGCGCACGAUAUCAGGAAGACGGCCCAGAUGUUCUACGCAACGUUUCCUUCGUGGCGAACCCAGGUGAGCGAAUCGGGCUCGUUGGCCGGACAGGAAGCGGCAAAAGUACUCUUGGACUAUCCCUGCUGCGGUUCGUGAACCUCGCAUCGGGCCAGAUAACCAUUGACGGAGUCGACAUCACCAAAAUCCUCCUGAAUCGGCUCCGCACAAGCGUCACCUUGAUUCCGCAAGAGCCGGUCCUCUUUUCAGGAGACGUCCACUCAAACCUCGACCCGUUCGGCGAAUCCAGCGAAACGGAACUCGCCUCUGCCCUGCAAGCCUGCACCUCUAUCCACAUCCCGGAGAGCAGCGACCAGGGAGACUACAGCAACCCCGCCAAAACGACUCGUCCACUGACACUCGCUACACCAGUGGCAGCCAAUGGCGAGAAUUUCAGUCAGGGCCAGCGACAAGUCCUCAGUCUUGCUCGAGCGAUGUGUCGUCGGUCCAAGGUCGUGCUGCUAGACGAGGCAACAGCAUCCGUGGACCAUGAAACAGAUAUGCAUAUGCAGCGUGUCCUGCGGGAGAAGUUCCCGGAUUGCACCAUUAUCGCUAUUGCGCAUCGGUUGAGGACCAUCAUGGACUAUGAUCGAGUGCUUGUUAUGGCUGAUGGGGAGAUUGUCGAAAACGACUCACCUGGUGGUCUUCUUAAGAAACAGGGCAUUUUCUGGGACAUGUUGCGGAAUACGGGUGAAUACGAGGAACUGGUGCAGAUGAUUGAGGCCAAGUCGUCUGCCUCGUGAAGAGAUACCAUGUCUGGAAGGGCAGCUCUGUCCGAGAUAAAAGGUGAGAUGGAAUUAUAGCAUGUCUUGAAAUUUUACUGAAUGUGGCCGCUUCCAUAUAUACCACGACGAAUUUGUAUAUAAACUGGACAUAUCAUACAGCAUAACUGCUACUCCAAUCUCCCCAUAGCAAGCCAACAUACCAAAAAAAACCCAUUAAAUCCAAUUCUAUCAAUCACUGUCGUAUUAUAUCUACACCGGAGCAACCAAC